GUGGUGUCAGCGUGGCUGCGCCUCGAUCCGUCUCCAUGAGGAGUAGAAAAAGAUGCUGCAGCCUGAGCUGGGAGCUCCGCUCCUCCUACUGCUCCUGAGUCUCACCUCCCCUGGGGCCCCGCUGCUGUCAUCUCUACGUGUCGCUGCAAUCCUUGACGAUCAGACUAUCUGCGGGCGUGGCGAGAGGUUGGCACUUGCACUUGCCCGAGAACAUAUCAACAGUCACACGCAAGGAGGGUCCAACGCACGUGUUGAGGUGGAGAUCUUUGAACUUCAGAGAGAUAGUCAGUACGAGACUACAGAUACAAUGUGUCAAAUUCUACCGAAAGGUGUGGUCUCUGUCCUGGGACCUUCUGCCAGUCCAGCUUCUGCAUCCACGGUCAGCCAUAUAUGUGGAGAAAAAGAGAUCCCUCACAUAAAGGUGGGACCGGAAGAAGCCCCCAAGCUCCAGUACCUGCGCUUCGCGUCUGUCAGCCUGUAUCCGAGCAAUGAAGACAUCAGCUUGGCUGUUUCCCACAUCCUGAAGUCCUUCCACAACCCUUCCACCAGCCUUAUCUGUGCCAAGGCCGAAUGUUUACUCCGGCUAGAAGAACUGGUCCGCCAAUUCCUAAUAUCAAAAGACACUCUGUCUGUCCGAAUGUUGGAUGACACCAAUGAUCCAACGCCGUUAUUAAAGGAAAUCCGCGAUGACAAAGUGUCCACCAUCAUUAUUGAUGCCAACGCAACAGUGUCCCACCUCAUUCUGAAAAAGGCCUCUGAGCUUGGUAUGACGUCUGCCCACUACAAAUAUAUUCUGACAACAAUGGACUUCCCCUUGUUGUCCCUGGAAGGGGUGGUUACUGACCAUUCCAAUAUUUUGGGGUUUUCCAUGUUUAAUAGUACCCAUCCAUUCUAUCUGGAGUUCUUGAGGAGCCUCAACAUGUCCUGGAGAGAGAACUGUGAACUGAACACCUAUGUUGGGCCAGCUCUGUCCGCCGCACUCAUGUUUGACGCAGUCCACGUGGUAGUCAGUGCGGUGCGAGAGUUAAAUCGGAGCCAGGAAAUCGGUGUCAAGCAGCUGUCCUGUAGCACAUCCCAGAUCUGGCAACAUGGGACCAGUCUGAUGAACUACCUCCGCAUGGUAGAGUACGAUGGACUGACUGGACGAGUGGAAUUUAACAGCAAAGGCCAGAGGACGAACUACACCUUGCGUAUCUUAGAGAAGGCAGGGGAUGGUCACCGAGAGGUUGGAGUUUGGUACUCAAACCGCACCUUGGCCAUGAAUGCUACCAGCCUGGACAUUAACGUGUCAGACACCCUUGAGAACAAGACUCUGGUGGUCACCACAAUUCUGGAGAACCCAUACAUGAUGCGUAAGCCGAAUUUCCGCUCCUUAUCCGGCAAUGACCAGUACGAGGGCUUCUGUGCUGAGAUGUUGAUGGAGUUGGCUGCACUUCUAAGAUUCAACUAUAGGAUAAAACUUGUGGAGGAUGGACUGUAUGGAGCCCCAGAGCCCAAUGGAUCUUGGACAGGGAUGGUGGGAGAGCUGAUAAACCGGAAGGCAGACCUGGCGGUCGCUGCGUUCACCAUCACGGCCGAAAGGGAAAAAGUCAUCGACUUCUCCAAGCCGUUCAUGACUCUGGGGAUCAGCAUCUUGUACCGAGUACAGAUGGGCCGGAAGCCUGGGUACUUCUCCUUCUUGGAUCCUUUCUCUCCUGCUGUCUGGCUCUUCAUGUUGUUGGCUUAUCUGGCCGUCAGCUGUGUGCUGUUCUUGGCAGCCAGACUGAGCCCCUAUGAGUGGUACAACCCACACCCAUGCCUUCGUGAGCGUCACCACAUCCUGGAGAACCAAUACACGCUGGGGAACAGCCUGUGGUUCCCUGUAGGAGGCUUUAUGCAGCAGGGGUCAGAGGUCAUGCCAAGGGCACUGUCGACAAGAUGCGUCAGUGGUGUCUGGUGGGCCUUCACACUUAUCAUCAUCUCCUCCUACACUGCCAACCUUGCUGCCUUCUUGACCGUACAAAGAAUGGAGGUCCCAAUUGAGUCAGCUGAUGAUCUUGCUGAUCAAACCAAUAUAGAGUAUGGAACAAUUCAUGGCGGCUCCACCAUGACCUUCUUCCAGAACUCCCGAUAUCAAACCUACCAACGCAUGUGGAACUACAUGAACUCCAAGCAGCCCAGUGUGUUUGUGAAGAGCACGGAGGAGGGAAUAGCCCGUGUCCUGAACUCUCGUUAUGCUUUUCUACUGGAGUCCACCAUGAACGAGUACCACCGUAGGCUCAACUGCAAUCUUACCCAGAUUGGAGGACUACUCGAUACGAAGGGCUAUGGCAUCGGCAUGCCACUAGAAUCACCAUACAGAGAUGAGAUCAGUCUUGCGAUCCUUCAGCUUCAAGAGAACAAUCGCUUAGAGAUACUGAAACGCAAGUGGUGGGAAGGCAGCAAGUGUCCCAAGGAGGAGGACCAUCGAGCCAAAGGGCUGGGGAUGGAGAACAUUGGAGGUAUCUUUGUGGUUUUGAUCUGUGGUCUCAUCAUUGCCGUGUUUGUGGCCAUUAUGGAGUUCGUCUGGUCAACGAGACGUUCGGUGGACAACGAGGAGAUUUCCGUAUGCCAGGAGAUGCUGAGUGAACUUCGCAGCGCCGUGUCCUGCAAAAAGACUUCACGCUCCCGCCAUCGCCGCAGGACCCCUCGCCACCUGCACGGAAGGACUCUUCUCUCUCUGAGCCGGCCGCCCCGUGCCACCAGGGAGACACGCCUCUGCAACGGGCGACUCUACCAGACCCACCAGCACCCUCCAGCGCCACCUCACCCUCCACCAGCCCCAGGUGCCCAGCGACUCCAGGAGGACCCCACGUCUUCCUCAGGUCGGGGAGGGUGCGCCCAUUUCAGAAUCUGCCAGGAGUGUCGGAGGAUACAGACUCUGAGGGGGCCACCGCCGCUGCCGAGACCACCCCAGUCUCCCAAACCACCACCUCCUCCUCCUCCUCCUGAGGAUCUGACACCCCUCUCACAUCAUCGGAGACUGGCAGACCCCUUAGAUGCCAGUGCCCCCGAGUGAUGUAAGCGGGGUCAUGGAGACUAGUUUUAUGGGCCUUUUAGUGUAAGAGGAGGAGAAGAAGAGGUAUUAAAUGAAGAUAACAUGGGGGCUUUUGGACCCUGGACACACGUUCCUCUCCCCCCUGUACCCCCCAAAUGUUGUGGGGUGGGGGAUCCUUACGAAGCCUCCUCUGCAUUCAUCAGAAACACUGCGAUGCCUCAGUAUUUUACAAUGUACGCUGUGCGUGCGAAAAAUAGACUGCCCCCCCCUCUCCCGACACACUAUGUACUGUUGUCACCUCUACCAUUUGUCAGUGCCCUGUCCUCUCAAGGUGCCCCAGCAUUGAUUAGAGUGUGUAGAUGGAGCAGACCCAGGACUCAGGUUCUCAGUUCUCACCACAUGCAUUAACCUGGCGACGGCGGCGCGGCACAAAGAACGCUACAUCUGCCGGAAGGUGACUGCUGCCGCUCCGAUUUGCUGACUUCCAAAAUCACUCCUAUCUUGAAUGCACAGCCGGGUUCAGAAAAACAUAACCUAGACGCUGUGUGUUUUUUUUGUUGGUUCCAAUAUCAGCAAUAUACGUAUUGCUGUUUAUCGACUUUUUUUUAUAUCUGCAUAUCCGUGAGAGGACAUGGGAAUGUCGUAGGUGUUUGGGAGAUUGAUUAUGAUACAACGUACAGCUUUGAUACAAAUGAAUUAAGUGGAGCGUU